GAGCGAGGGUGAAGAAUGGAUUCUCUGGAUCAUAUGCUCACGGACCCCCUGGAGCUGGGACCCUGCGGGGAAGGAAGUGGCACACGCAUCAUGGAAGAUUGCAUGUUGGGUACCACCAGGGUCAGCCUGCCUGAGGACCUUCUGGAGGAUCCUGAGAUCUUCUUUGAAGUUGUCAGCUUAUCUACAUGGCAGGAGGUGCUGACAGAUGCACAGCAAGACCACCUAAAAAAAUUCCUGCCUCACUUUCCUGAAAACAACCGAGAGCAUCAGAACAAACUCAUCUCUGCUUUAUUCAGCGGUGAAAACUUCCGUUUUGGAAAUCCACUGCACAUCGCCCAGAAACUCUUCCGAGAUGGAUACUUUAAUCCUGAAGUUGUGAAAUACCGGCAGCUCUGUUUGAAGUCCCAGUACAAACGCUACCUGAGCUCUCAGCAGCAGUACUUCUACCGCCUGCUCAAGCAGAUCCUCGCUUCCCGCAACCACUUGCUGGAUUUAGCUCGGAAAGGAGGCCCCGAUAUGACCCUGAGGAGAAGGCAUUUCCCACCGACGUACGACGCAGAAGAACGAGACAAACGGACGCAUCGGCGCUACUUGAAGAUUCUGAGGGAAGUGAAAGAGGAGUGUGGAGAUACCACCUUGUCUUCUGAUGAAGAAGAUCUAAGCUCCUGGCCUCCAAGUUCUCCAGCACGUUGUCCAAGUCCACCAGUUCCCCUGAGGGUGAUCCCCACAUUGUCAACCUUGGACAUGAAAACAGCAGACAAGAUAGAACUCGGGGAAAGUGAUUUGAAGAUGAUGUUGAAGAAGCACCAUGAGAAACGAAAACGUCAGCCUGACCAUCCUGAUCUGGUCACGACAGACGUGACUCUGGAGGACAUUAUGACUCGAGUAAAUGCUGGCAGGAAGGGUUCCUUAGCAGCCUUAUACGACCUUGCAACCCUUAAGAAAAAGGUGAAGGAAAAGGAAGAUAAGAAGAAAAAAAAGCUGAAGCUUAUUAAAUCCGAGGUGGAAGAUUUGGCUGACUCUCUUAGCAACGCAGAUGGAAUCCCACUCAUGUCUCAGGAUCGUUCCCCCAUCCCUCUGUCAUCUGUUAAAGAGGAACCUCUUGAGGAAAUGAAGCCAUGCCUUGGAAUAAAUGAAAUAUCUUCCAGCUUCUUUUUCCUUCUGUUGGAAAUACUGUUUCUGGAAGGACCUGCUACUCUCUCUGUGCUUGAAGAUAAGGUCCUAGAUUGGCAAUCUUCUCCUGCCAGCGCACUAAAUAACUGGUUCUCCUUUGCCCCUAACUGGUCUGAACUGGUUUUACCUGCCUUGCAGUACUUGACAGGAGACAGCAGAGAUGUUCCUUCCAGCUUCUCACCUUUCGUUGAAUUCAAGGAAAAAACUCAGCAGUGGAAAUUACUGGGUUCUUGCCAAGAUCAUGAGAAGGAAUUGGCAGCACUGUUUCAGCUCUGGUUGGAGACCAAAGACCAGACUUUUUUCAAAGAAAAUGAAGACAGCUCAGAUGCCACACCAGUUCCCAGAGUAAGGACUGACUAUGUAGUCCGACCUAGCACUGGAGAGGAGAAACGUGUGUUUCAGGAGCAAGAACGUUACCGUUACAGCCAGCCCCACAAAGCUUUCACUUUCCGUAUGCACGGCUUUGAGUCAGUUGUUGGUCCUGUGAAGGGAGUUUUUGACAAGGAAACUUCAUUAAACAAAGCCCGAGAGCAUUCUCUCCUCCGCUCAGACAGACCAGCAUAUGUCACCAUCUUGUCCCUCGUUCGUGAUGCUGCUGCUCGCCUUCCUAAUGGAGAAGGGACUCGUGCUGAAAUCUGUGAGCUGCUUAAAGAUUCCCAGUUCCUAGCUCCCGAUGUCACAAGUGCUCAAGUUAAUACUGUUGUUAGUGGUGCUUUGGAUCGAUUACAUUAUGAGAAAGAUCCCUGUGUGAAAUACGAUAUUGGACGCAAGUUGUGGAUCUACCUGCACCGGGACAGGAGUGAGGAAGAGUUUGAACGGAUCCACCAGGCUCAAGCUGCUGCAGCAAAGGCCAAGAAAGCUCUUCAGCAGAAGCCAAAACCUCCAUCUAAAAUGAAGUCUAGUAGCAAAGAGAGUUCUGUGAAAGCACUCCCCAGCAGCACAUCAGAGCCCAGUCAGCUGAACCUUAGUGACUCCAGCAUGCCACCAACUCCCGUGACUCCUGUGACACCAACUGCACCAGCAUUACCAGCAACACCCAUUUCACCCCCACCAGUGUCUGUGGUGAGCAAGAGUGUAUCUAGCGCUGCAUCAGAGCCAGCAAAACCCAGCCAAAGUGUUCUUCUGGUAUCAUCCCCUACCAUGCCACAGCUCGGGACCUUGCUUUCCACAGCGCAGAGUUCACAGACACAGCCUGGGCCUCAGCCACCUCCCACCCGAGUUGUCAGUCACACCACUUCCUCAGGACUGCCACAGGUCCGGGUGGUCACUGCCCAGUCCAACCUCCCAGCCGUGUCUCAGCAAGCCCCAGUGGUAACCCAACAGCAGCAGCAGCAGCAGCAGCAGCAGCAACCUACGUCAGUGCCUCAAAUCCGCGUUCCAGCUACAGCCACGCAAACCAAAGUGCUCCCUCAG